AUGGUAGAUGCAGGUGUAGUUACAACAAAGAUAUUUGGACAGGUCACCAUUGAGGUGGUGGAUGAUCCUCAGGCAGAAAUUGAGAUGGAUCUCCUGAAGGGGAACCGCAACGACUGGUCCAUAUCCUCAGCAGAAUGGCUGUCUUACAAAGACAUCUUCUGGCCUUUGUUUUGGGAGUAUCCAGACUCAACCGAAGUUGGUAGCUUGGAUUCCUCAAACGUGAUGGACAGUGAUGAAGAGGAUGAUUAUACUGUCGAGUACGAAGGAGAAGACACGGUCCUCACCACCUUGGAUGGCAUCUGGGAUAGGAGCUGGCCUUUGCAAAAAAGUUGGUCUUCCAAAGAGAAUUUCAACAAUGAAUAUGAAGAUAAUGAAGACUGGAGUGCUUGGUCCCCCUGCACUGUGACAUGCGGCACUGGGAACCAGAAACGCACCAGGUCCUGUGGCUAUGCCUGCACUGCAACAGAGUCACGGACCUGUGAUCUGAAAAGGUGCCCAGGGAUGGAAGAUGAUCUGAAUGCAGCAACUAAAAAAUCUCUGGGGGAGAAAGAAAAUAGAACAGAGUUGUUUGACUCAGAAGUAGACAGCUGCGACAAAUGGCUGAACUGCAAGAGCGAAUUCCUGAAGAAGUACCUCAUGAAGGCGCUGGCCGACUUACCGAGCUGCCCUUGCACCUACCCGACCGAAGCGGUGUACAGUGUCGUCAGCGUCCGCGAAGACGGCAAAGGCAGGUUUUUCAGGUGGCGGGACGCGAGCGGGCCCAAGGAGCGCCUCGACAUCUACAAACCCAGCUCCAAGUUCUGCAUCCGCUCCAUGCUGUCCCUGGACAGUGCCACCCUGGCGGCGCAGCACUGUUGCUAUGACGACCAGAUGCGGCUGAUCACGAGAGGCAAGGGAGCGGGGGCGCCGAACCUGAUCAGCACGGAGUUCUCGCCCGAGCUUCACUACAAGGUGGACGUGUUGCCAUGGAUACUGUGCAAAGGGGACUGGAGCCGGUACAACGCCGUGAGGCCGCCCAACAACGGCCUCAACUGCUCCGAGAACCCUCUGGAAGACGACUUCGCGGCCCAGCUGAAGGAAGCGAAAGAGUACUGAAAACAACAAGGGCAGGCAGAGGAUGGAGAGAGAGGAAACAAAAAGGACGUUUUUAUUUUAUUUCAAAAUAUGGCGAUCGCCGCCGCGAGCCCACCUCCGUCUCAUUCGCCAACGUUUGGUCGGCAACGCCAGUGAGGUGGUUAGAAACUUCACUGGAAUGGUUCUGACAUUAGUAACUUACACAUACUCUUUCACCUGAAGAAACUAGCUUCAACCCAUCAAAUGAUUGUGCACGGGAGGAAGAAGAAAUGCAUUUUUAAAAUCCUGUCGUCGCCGUCUUUUAUGGCCCUGGGCGUUAAUGAGAAACGCACUGGUUCUGGCCCCCACCCCCUCAUUCUCUGGCUUAUUCAGUACGCCCAGCAAAUUCAGACUUUCUUUUUUACUCCUCCUUGCUACAUCUCUCUUGCCCUCUCUCUCUCUCAUUCUCUCCCUCGCCUGUUUUUGCCCACGUUCUGCCCUCUCCUUUCUUUUGCCCUCGAUCGUUCUCUUAAUCUCCUCGAUCUCUACCUUGUUCUUACUCACUCUGAGAAUUCCUGGUUCCGGCUUUUCCCGGUUCCACUUCCCACUACGGCAAAGGAAAGCCUGGGCAUUCCGGAUCACCUUCCAAACAAAAAUCCAACGCACCAUCAGUGAUCUUCGCCUCUCUGAUUGACCCCUGCCUUUCUGUGGUUUGUGUGCGGUGAAGAAAGCUAAUUGAUCAGCGCAGGAUUCUCUCAAAAUCUGAAGACGAAGUGGAUGGCUACAAGUGGGAGGUUGUAGGGAGUUCAAAGGGUCAUUGUGGAUGGUAAUAUACAGAAAAUUGAAUUGCCAUCACUGGUUGAUGAUGAUCAAUGGGAGCUUCCUGAGUGCAAAUUGGCAGUUACAUCUCUUGCAUUCCAGUAGUUCAAAGUAUUUCUUUGGCUGCAAAACACAUUUAUAGACUCACACAGCACAGAUGUUCUGAAAUUGUGGUCAGCGGUACAAAAAUGCGAUUCUUCUGUUGAUGUUUCUUUUGCAUAGGUUGACUGAUUCUGUAUCUGUGAUAAUUCAGUCAGGCUUAGUUUCAAAUCGGAACUCACUGUUUACACUUUGAGCUAACGGAGGCGCUUGAAGAUUACUUUAACAUAUGCUGUAUACACUGUCUUCAGUCUUGCUUCACCGUGUAAUCCAAUACUGCUGCAAUAGGGCCCAAAAGUAAACAGUGAAUUUGUUUGAACUCCCUUUCAGUUAAUGUCUGCUUUAAGGAAACCAAACCUCUUUAAACAAGAGUUCACAGCUUUCGAUGUGACAAACCAGACAGCUAAAUGAGAAUUCACACAGUCUCCUGCUUGAAUUCAGUCUUUUCCUGGGACUGAUAGUUUAGAUUCCCUGCCAGUAUCAGUCUCCUUUGCCUUCCUGUAUGUACAGGCUUCUACAUUCCAGGCUUUGGGAAGACAGCAGUUCAUAUCUUUUCUGCCUUGUCCUGGUGUCCUGCACUGAGGGCAUUGUCAUGUCUCCUCAACUUUCAAUCGAUAUAAAGAAAUACAGGCCGCCUUGUAAGGAGAAAAGAUCAAAACAUUUUAUUUUAAAUGAAGCAAGGAUACAAAAAGGAAGCAGAUGAAAUACAAGCCAAGGAUGGAUCAUAAAGAAUAUUUUGCUCUCAAAACUCAGGUGAUGCAUGAAUACGAAUGUGUCGACAAGUUAGAAGUUUAAGAAGUGUGGUACUGAAAUGCAGGCAUCUUUCAGGAUCUGUGUUCCUAUCUGUUGUCUUUGACACUGAGCAUAGGAGUUGCUAGAUGAGUAAAGACCAAAUGUCACCUUGUCCUACUUCCUACCAGCCAGGUAGGGCCAUGUCAACUCCCCCUCCCACUCCCUGGGCGACAUGUCCAUCCUGGGCCUCUUCCAGUGUCAC